GGAGUUCCUCGGUAAACCAAGGUGCCCUCCUGGAUCCACUGCCGCGGAGAGGCCGCAAAGGCGCAAUCCCAUCUAGUGCCUCAGCCGCCGCAGCAUUCCAGGCCGCAAUCAAGGACUCUGUCGGAUUGUGGGCAAGGGAGUCAGGUAUCCCUUCUGAAAUCCUUCCGGGUCCAUCAGGCAUUAUACUCUGUGUACCCAUAUUGGGAAGCUACAUGCAGUAUUGCAGUUCCUAUCAAAUAGUCAGUUGGUGGGGAGCUGCAGCACUAAGAAAAAAGGAGUCAAAUUACAAUCUGAACAACUGGGUGAUAUGCAAUCAAGUGCUUCCUAGGUUGAGCUAUAAUAUUACAGUAGAUUUAAUUUUUACUUGAAAGUCAACAUAGUUUAAAUGUACAGUGAAAUGAACCUUGGUUUAAAUAAUGUUGUAAAAUUUGUACUUACUGGUAGAAGUAUACUGGGAGAGAUCAAUCAAAAUGUGCUGACACAAUGAAGGCAUAUAGAUAUAAUCUGUAUAUGCUGUAGCUAAAGGAUGUCAGGUAGGGGUGUGUGUGUGUGAGAAUCAAUAGCUCCCUCUACUACUACCACAAAAAUUCGGAUAUAGACUCUCCCUUUAGCUCCCUUCCCCUCCCUUUGGAUUUCUCCACUGUUGAUUCUCUUUUGUUUUCCAAAUGGAAAGCAAUUGGAAUAAAUCAGCUCAUUCCAUUUAAUUGGAUCAUGCAUACCUUAUUGCCCCUAAUGGUUAGCAAAUUCUGCUCUCAGAAGCAACCAGUCCCAUUUUGUUAAAUAAUUACGCUAAUUAAUGUGUGAUUCAAUUGGGGUGCAAAUUAACUAAAAAGUAUCUUGAUAUAUUUAAUUAAAAAGAAUUUCCACUGGAUGAAUAAUGAGUUUGUUGUGUAGAACCAGCACAGAUGAUAAAAAUGACGAAUGUCAUAGAUACAAUAAUUGCCACUGAAAUAGUAAACUAUUUAUGUUCACAUAUAUCAGACCCUCAAAGCUUUAAUUAAGUUCCAUGAGUAAUUUAAAUACUUAUUUACUAAUGAGGAGCAUCAGUUACUAUGUUAGAUUUUCAUUGUUUAUGAAUAUAUUUUUUCAGCUGUACAUAGUACAAAAUUGUAGGAACUAAUAAGUCCUGUCAUAGAGCACUGCAUCUUUUCUUAGUCUUAUGUUACCAUCUAGUGAUCUCAUACUAAAACUGCAACUAUAUGUUACAUUCUAUAUUUUGGCAUUUCUCUGUAGGAAACUUCCCUAUGAUUUCUAUGAAAGAAAGCAAAAAGCACAAUAGCCACCUACAGCCACUUAUAUGUGCCACACAGAUAUUAUAGCUUUUCAGGUCUCUCAUUAGAUAAGAAGCUAUUAUUUUGGGUCAGGUAGGUUGCUUUCAGUUUCCAAGUCUUGGGUACACUUCAAUCUCUUCCUUCCCAAAACUGGUAUUAACCUGUGAUUUUUACAGUUGGAAAAUGGGGAUAUUGCUAAAUACAAAUCAUAUCAUAAGGAAAGAAACAUGAGAAAUAUUAACAGUGUUUAAUUAGCCUCAGCUGAAAACAUUAGUACUGUGCUGAUCUCAUUCAUGAAUCCAUUUAUUUUUAAACAUGCCACUCAGCGUGAGUGUUGAUCCAAAAAAAGGGCAUCAUUCAGUAAGAAAUUAGAUUGCUUUAACUUAUUUUAUGAACCUCUUUUUGUAUUUCCUAAGUAUUUGAUGCUGAGGACGAACAACCUUCAAUAGAAGUCCACAAAAGUCCUGGGGUUCCUGGCAUGGCAGUUCCUAUGGAAAACCAAUCAAAAGACAACCAUACAUUAGCUUUCCUCAAAAUUAAAGCAUCAGAGUGUCAAUCUCAGGCAUAUCAUAUCCUGGAAACUGCAGCGGCUCCAGUUUUGAAAGAACUUAUAAAGUUUGGCAUACAGAAUUGGAGGUUUGCCACACUUGAUUCUGAUAACACCAGAUUUUUUUGGAAACAACAAGAGAAAGUGAUCAGUGACACAUUGAAACAAGGUAGCAAAGAUGCAAAAUAUUUUUUGGUACUCAGACAUGCUGCUAUUCUUCAUUUGCUGGUUACAGUUCGUGAUCUUUUAUUAACCUGUAACUUGAACACUGCAUUAGAUUAUCUGUCCAAGGCAAAAGACAGUCAUAAAGAUUUCCGAGACUACAACCUGGAUAUUAUUUGGAAACAGCUAAAAAUUGUAGAAUUUGUUGUGCAGGACCACAAAGUCAGUCCCAAAGUGACAGAAUUACAGCAUCUAAUGUCUAAGUGGGUACAGAAUAAUGCAAAUGAUCAGAAUAAGGUAAUAAUUGUAAUUAGAAUGGAUUUUGAUGAAGAAACAGAAGUCCUAAUCAAUACCAUUAAUACAGUGCAAGGCUUGAAGGCCAUAUAUUUGAAUUCUAAGAAAAGAGGAAUGUUGUUCGAGAGUAAACAUAUAAUAAAUAGUUUGGACAUAUAUUCUUGUAUCAUUGUACAUAAUCAACAUAUUGGGCCUGAUUUCCCCUGGACCAAUUUCUCAUUGGUGAUAGAAUACAACUACAAUGAGAAUUCCUGCUGGAUUGAUCUAUGCAAAAAAAAGAAUAUAUCUUACUUAAUUUUCCAAACAGCUCCCCCAGAAGCAAUUGAAACUGAAGAGUUUUUGCCAGAUAAUCUUGGAUAUGAUCUUCUGAGGUUAUCAAUUCCUUAUGUUUUCUUGACAUCUGAAGGACUUCUCAAUACCCCAGAAAUCCUUCAGUUACUAGAAUCCAAGUAUAAUAUUACUUUAAUUGAAAGAAACUGCUGUGAGUCCUUAAACUAUUUUGGAGGCACAGAAUAUUAUGUGGUGAUGACUAUAGAUGAAUGCACAGCUAUUGUUAUGCAGAACAUGGAAGAACUCAAUUAUGAAAACUCAUCUGAUAAUAUUGUCUUAAGACUGAUGGCGCUAUCACUCCAAUAUGCCUCCUGUUGGAUUAUUUUAUACUCCAGAGAAAGAUUAAAUUCUAAAUAUAGCCUAACUGGAAAAACUCUGCAUCAUCUUGCUUUGAUUUAUGCAGCAUUGAUUUCUUUUGCUCAGAAAUCAGAAGACUUUGAAGUGAAGAUGGCCCUUACACCAGGUGUUGAAGAAACAGCACUUUUGGUUUGCCAGAUAGCUAACCAUAUAUUAUUGGCGUCUAAACAACAUCCUCAGGAGUGGCUGAACAAGUCAUGGCUUUCUGUCCUGCCAUCAGAAGCAGAGAAAUGCUUGCUUACAUUUCCAUGCAUGAAUCCAUUAGUUGCUCAAGUCAUGCUAAAGAAAAGUUCUUCACUUGAAUGGCUCCUGGCAGCAUCUUUUGCUGAGCUUCAGGAACUUCUGCCUGAGGUACCAGAAAAGGUUUUGAAGAAUUUUAGUGAUAUCACAUCAUUAUACAUCCUCAAGCCACUAAAAAGACCAGGAACACAAAAAGAAAUAAUGUCUCUUCAUGGAAAUAAUAAUUCUGUCAUCUGUUCUUGUUCUCAACUUCCAUUUCCUGAAGCUUUGUUCUCCAGAUUGCAAGGACAUAGUUCCUUUACCGAGUAUUCAGAAUGCUUUCUCAAAGAACAGAAAAAAAACUGCUCCCCAGAUUUCUGCCAGAAUGGAUCUUGUGGUUGUCAGAAAUCAACUGGAGAGCAUAACUUAGUUGUACCUUCACUAUCAUAUGAAGAAGACACCUGUCCCUUUCAGGAUAAUGUAAGGGUAGAGAGGCAACUUUAUCUUCCAUUUCUGAAACAAGUGGAAACAGAAACAAGAAUAAAUGCAUUGCAUUUAACCCUGAACAAUAUUGGGGAACCUUCCAAUAUCAAUAAUGAAACCACAAUGCCACAUUUGCACUGUAACCAGGACACUAACUCUUAUUUUGAGAAUUGUCCACUGAAUAGAAUGACUGUUUCAAAAGUAGACAGAGGCAAACAAUUAGAUAUCUCUGAGUUCUCAAAAAAUCCUAUCUACCAUGAUGCUAAAAAUGAACAUAUGGGAAAAAUUCAACCUCUUGCACAACAACUGAAUUCUUUCCGUGAUUUCAAGCAUUCUUCUCAUGUCAUUUCUAGUCGAAAAGAUGCUCUGUUCCAGGAAAGCUCAGGCAAUGUUUUCGAAAUAGGAAGAAAAGCAAGCAACAGUCCUGCAUCUGAGGAAAGAUUUUGGGGUAACCCCCCAUUCAUACAAGCAAUGGAUUCUUCUCCCUAUGAUUCCAUAUCCAGUCCAGAUAGGUUCAUGAACUUGGGCAUUCAGUUUACUGGAGGAUAUACCAGGGGGAAAGGACGUAAUUCAUUAUCAAGUGAACAAAGACAACAAGAUGUUUCAGGUUUAGAAUGUAUGCAAUUCCCACAGCUUAAAAAAAGGCGUCUAACUUUUGAAAAAGAUCCUCGGAGACAUGAUGGCCAAACACGUCUCAAAUUUUUUUAGAAGAAAUGGAAGCUAACAUUUCAAGAAUCUUAUUAUUUGCAAUACAUAAAAACAAAUUUAAUCUUCUUUUUUAGUAAUUUAUUUACAAUUUGUUUCAAUCCUAUAUGUAAUCAUUUUUUUAGAAAAAUAUGGACUUUUUGCCAUUUUAGGAAUAAGAUAACAGUUAAGAGUUUUUUUGGAAAAAUGGAUGCUAUUUAUGACAA